GGGUUAUUACGGCCAUAAAUUGACCUAUGAUAUCAAAAAUCUUCUUUUCUACGAUUACAUAUAUCUGUAAGAAAAACUGAAUGCAUAGUAAUCUAGACCAGGAAGGCUUCUGACCAAAUUCUAAAUUUCAUGAUCCAUGGGAUAAAGGUCAUCUGACUCCUAAGUAGGGUCAUUAUACCCCCCACAAACGAAGUUGGGGGGGGGGGCGGUAUACUGGAAUCACUUUGUCCGUCCGUUUGUCCGUAGACGCAAUUUGUCCGAAGUUUAUUUCUAAUACCGCUGGACAUAUUUCAUUCAAACUUUAUGCACAUCUUCUAUAUAUUAUGUAGUUGUGCAUCUCCUAUUUUCAUAGAAAUAUUUUAACAGUUAUAGAAGUUACACACAUUUUCUUUUCAUUUUGGGGGUUGCGCACUUUGUCCAGAGUUUAAUUCUAAUACCAUUGAACAGAUUUGAUUCAAACUUUAUUCUCAUCUUAUAUAUAUAAUGUACCGGUAGUUGUGCAUCUUCUAUUUUCAUUGAAAUAUUUUAACAGUUAUGGAAGUUACAGACAUUUUCUGGUUUGGUUGUACUUGUAGUAAUAGACACAAUUUGUCCAGAGUUUCGCAAUUUGUCCGAAGUUUAUUUCUAAUACCGCUGGACAUAUAUAAUGUGAAAAUAUCCAAUGUGCUUGCAUUAAAUAUUUCCCAUAAUCUUAUAUGUCCCACGGGGGGUAUUAGUCUCAUUAGGACAGUUCUAGUUUAAUUUGGCAUGUAGUGUAUGUAAAACAUAUGAAUUAGUAUCUUAUUUAAUGCUAUUGAUACUAAAUUGAAAGUAAAUGGAUAUUAUGGUCAUUGAAUAAAUGUCUUUAUCAUUUGAAGGACUUCUCUAAUAAUAGGAUACUAUUAUAAAAACUAAAUGCUUAUUAAGGAAAAGAAAAUGGGAUACAGAUAUAUUCCAAUUAAAAUUGUGAAUUUCACAACCCCAAGGUUCUAAUUUAGGGCGGGUCCAAAAUAGUCAUAUAGUGAUAACAUUAUUAUGUAAAUUAAGUCUUGUAUCAUUUAAUAUGGGCACUUUCAGGAGCAUUUUGUGUUUUGUAUUGCUGCAGAAUAUAUCUGAAUGGAUAUGCAGAACAGUUAAAAUUAAAUAGAUUUUGCAACCCGGCCUGUGGACAACUAUGUUAAUAUUACUUUUAACUAAUAUUCAGCAUGCUCAGGUGACCAAUAAGACCUGUAGGCCACUUGUUGAAAAAUAAUUUCAAUUCAUGCCAAAUAUCUUGUUCACUAAUUUUGAGAGCAAUGACCACAUAUGCAUGGUUAAAUUUCAUUCAAAGUGACUUUUAAUUCUUUAGUUGGGAAAAAGCAAUUAAUGGAGAAUAAAUACAUUAAUCUUUAGUUUCAAAGAAUUUUCAUGUGACUGCUUUUUUUCUCUAUUGGGAACUUUAAGGUAAUUCCCCAUACCACAUCUUAAUAUUGAAAAACCUACAGAUUUCUAUCAAAAUUCGCAUGUAUUUUGUCGAGGAUGUAUAUUGACCAAAUGUUCAGUGGCCUUUCCCAGAGUACAGCCACUUCUAAAAAUAGAACACAUCACUUUAAAACAAGCAGUCUUAACAUACACACAUUUUAAGGCACUGUCUUUAUCUAAACGAUAGAAAUAUGUUUCUUUCAUAUGAAUUAAAGAAAAUGUAUUGCAUUUGACUAUUUUCAAUAAUUUUUCAUCUACUGAACCAUGCUCUUGGUUUCUAGGUGAUGAAAAUGCGUGUAUAGUAGUCAGUUUUUUACUAUAACCAUAGCCUACCGUAUCCGGAAAUUUGUGUUUUCAAAAACCUUCAGAUUUUUGAAACAUUUCAAUAUGUUUUACCUUUACACUCCAGCUAUCAUUUGACAUUAGAAGUAGAUAGGGUAUCGGAUAAUUUGAGAGCCAUCUAGGUUAAAAAACUUGAAAAAACACCUAUUGGAAAAUGGUGUCUAAAAUUCCUAUCUCUGCAAACAUGUUUCAUUCACCAUUUAGAUUACUAAAUUACCAUUUCAAGAAAUAUCACAGGCUAGUUUUUGAAAAACAGUUUAAAAUAUUAAAGCUUCAAAUAACUAAAAACCACUUUCAUUGAUUGCCGUAAGCUUUAGGGAUCAGGCUUGAAGUUAGAAAAAUCCUAACUUUACUAUGGAGCUUAGCCUACGUCACACGAACACUGACAUGACGUAACAAUAGAUGAAAAAAUAAAAUUAUGUCGUCAGAUCUAGUUGGAACAAAAUAAUGUAGAUCAGACUGAUUUUUACAAUUUUAACUUUCAUUCAGAGAAUGCUAACCUAUGCUCAAGUUACAAAUUUUGGGAAAUUCAUAUAUUUAAAAACACAUGAAUUCUGCAUUCCUCGCCCCCUUGGUAAUUUUUAGUUCCUGGUAGUUUUUAACAAUACGAUACAGCCAUGCGAUGUGAGUGUUAACGACAUGUAAGUACCGCGUACAUUCCGAGACGUUUUAAUCCAUGUCCGGCCAGAAAAGUGUUUUAGAUAAAAGAAAAUUACAUUACAACACCCAUGAUCCAUACUGUACGUACAAGAACACAAACGUAAGACUCCUAGGCCUAGAGUUAUAGGGCCUAAAUAUAAAUCUGUCAGCAUAUAUAUGCACAUUUAUUAUGGAUUCGGAGGGCCUCGAAAGCGAUUUUUGUGAAUAAAUAUAAAAAAUUUGCAAGGGGGUACAACGUCAGUAUAGCUUUAGAUUAUGCAUAUAUUUUAUUUAGAUCAUGACAACAUCUAUUGUAUUCUUUCAGAUUUAAAUAAAUUAUAAGGAAAACAUAACAAAAAUAUGUGACUGUCAGUACACGUAGCACACAAAAAUUUUGUCAGUUGUAUAGGAGAUACGAUAUUUCUACCCGUCAUUAAUGAUCUGAUCAGAAAUCACACAAAAGAAAUGGCCUAUAAUAGAUAAAUUGAAGGUUGGCAACACAAUUUAACAUCAUAAUCUGUAAUAUUUGCAGAAAUCUCACGGGAAUUACUAAAAGACUGUGUGCCAUAACGCAAUGUGUAUGAAAAGGGUUUGUUUGUAUUAUUGCGAUUCGUUUGUUGUUUUUUAAUUCUAAAUUUUUGUUGUUUGCUUUCAAACAAUCAGUCCUAAUACGGUCUACAACAUUCACCAAAAUGCAGUCGGGUUCGUUGAAUGUGUGAUAACGUUCGUGACUCGUGAAUAACAUUUCUAACGUUAUUUGACGUGGUAUGGGGAAUUACCUUAAAUCACCUGUCAAGGGAUAGUGUGUGUGUGUGUGUAUAUAUAUAUAUAUAUAUGUAUAUUAAAAAAAUAUGAAAAGAAAACACAGAAAUCCUCCGUAAAGCUUUAGCGCUUUCAUUACAUCUUCAGAAGCUUUACAAAAAUGUAUACAUAGCAGUAUUAUAUACAUAUAUAUACAUACACCUGAUUGAGUGCCUUUAUGUUACAGCUUCUAAAAAUUCACUGUAGCCAAAAUUUCAGGAUACUUUUUAUUUUUAUUCAUAUCUUUUGAUGACUCGCAUCAAACGAAAAAUAACUUGAUAUGGCCCAAUUCACAAGAAUUUUGUGUGAUUCAUUCAGCCAGGUGACCAGCAUGUGGUGAUAGUGCAAGUAAUUUCAAAUCAACCACGUACCUUCAUGUGCAAGUCGCAAGUAUUGGCGGGUCAUGGCUUUAUUGAUGUAGAUAAAUGAAGGAAAAUAUAUUUGUUUGAAGUACAUCUACUGAUAGCAUGUCUUGGUGUAUGUAGAGGAAUGACAGGAACGGUUUAUUGUUUGAGUGGGUGUGGCUGUUUACCUCAGAGAUAGAGACUUGUGAUAUGGAAAUGUCAAGACUAUAGCAAUGAAAAUUAGUUGAUGAGAGACCCACGAGGACGUGUAAAAGAGAGGGGCAAAUUUGUGACAGAAUUUGUCCUAUGCCUAACUCCACAGAGCUGUUGGUUACAGGCUGAGUUCCGCAGUGAAUUUGGUCACACAUAUAUGGAGUUUGUUACAAACAGUGGCGACUAUUGCCAGGCCCAACACGUAUAAACCCUAGCUUAGGAAAUCAGUCAGUGGCUGCCAAAUUAUCGGUGCUUUAGCGUCACGUUUUGUUCAUUUUAUGGAUUGUUUUUAUUUUGGCGAACACUGAUGGGGUAAUUGUACAAACUUUUGUGGGUACUUGGAUUCCACCCAUUUGUCUUUCAUCUCAAGAAAAAUAGAAUUCAUGUGCAUGAUGGGACUUCCCUGAACCUCAUACAUCUAUACACAGCAUCUGGUUUUGAAGUGACUUUGACACCAAGACUUCUUUUAUGUAACAAAGUAUUGCCACUAUCAGCUGCAUUGAAACAGCAUUUACUUAUAUUUUCGUUUGGAGUAUAAUCUCACUUGUAAAUGACCGCCAUGAAAGCCAGACGCCCAGAACCCGCUGAAAUUGAGUUCAAGAACAUGCGAUUCUUGAUUAUGGAUAGACCAACAGACUCAACUAUGGAGAAGUUCAUUGAGGAACUGAAAAAGCGAAGAGCAAAAGAUGUAGUCCGAGUUUGUGAACCAACUUAUAAAACAGAACAACUGGUGCAAGAAGGAAUACGAGUACUGGAUUGGCAGUUUGAUGAUGGUAACCCACCACCUGCAAUGGUGGUAGAUGAAUGGUUUAACCUGCUCAAGACCCGCUUCAGAGAGGAACCGGGCUGUUGUGUGGCUGUUCACUGCGUGGCUGGACUAGGAAGGGCACCAGUUUUAGUUGCCCUUGCGCUGAUUGAAUGUGGAAUGAAGUAUGAAGAUGCAGUUGAAUUAAUCAGAGAAAAGAGACGUGGGGCAAUCAACGCUAAGCAGUUAAUGUUCCUGGAACACUACCGUCCAAAGUCUCGAUUGAAGCAGCGCGGCAAUGGGCAUAAGCAGUGCUGUGUAAUGUAGCUCCAGUAGGACUGAAAUUUGUCAUAUAUAGCAUCCAUUGUCAGUUAGUUCUGUAAUUUCAUUCUACACAUGCUGAAUUUGUGAUAUGAAUUUCUUGGGAAAAAAUGAAGUAUUUUUUGUUGAUAUUCCAGUUGUUUCAUGUUGUAGUGAUUUAAAUUAUCCAGUUUUAAAUAGUGUGUGUUAUUCAGUGUCCCAUAAUGAAUUGGAUUGUGUGAAAUUUCUGGCUUUUCCUUGUUACUGCUAGCAGUAUUCACAGUUGUGAAGUCAGCAAUAUAGUCACAUUUUCAGUAAUAUCUGCCAUCAGAUCAAAAUUGUUCAGCAAGAAAAUUGAAAAGAAAGUUGCUUCUGUUUUCACCCCCCCCACCAAGAAUGUCUAUGGACUCAUUUGACACAUGGUAUGUUGGAGCCAGUUGUUUUUUGUUUGUUUUUGUUUUUUCAAAUAAAUAACAUACUGUCCUUAAACAUGCAUCUCUGUGAAAGUUAUAUCAACAGAUUCAUACUUGCCAAGCAGUGAUAAAGAUGUGAAAUUGUGUUCAAGAAAUAUAAAUUAUUACUACAUUAUUAGCUUUCAUGAAAUUAUCACUGCUAUCUGUGCUCAUCUAUUGUCAUCUUAGAUAUUCAGAGGAGGAUUUCAUUGUCCUUGUAAACUCCAGUCUUUUUAAUUCAUUUUUUGGUGAUAGGUUUUUAGUUUCUGAAUAUUGUGUUAAUUCAUUGUAAUGAGUUAACAAAAUCGAAUCUGCUGCCAGGUUUAUAUUUUCAUUUUGUCUUGAAAUUAUUUAAAAAAAAUAAGAUAACAAUGAAAUUGUAUAUCUAUUGAAUUGAAUGGUUUUAGAAAUACAUAUAUCAGCUUUUCUCAAAACCGUAGAAUUUAUUUUAGCAAAUAAUACAAUUUGAUGAGUCGAAUCUAUAUAGAUUUUGAAAAGAAAUUGAAUGAGAUCUAUAAAUUGUUUAGUUCCCUAGAUUUUAUAUUUUUAAGAGUUACCUCCAUUUAGUCACACAAAUAUGAAGUGGAGGCUGUCACUCAUAGCAUUGGACGUAUUAUUGGUGCUUCCCCUCCUUAAAUCUUCUGUUUGUGAGACAUGUAACUUAAUGUUUUACUGUGUUAUGGCCCUAAUUGUACCCAACUAUAGGUUUUGAAUGAUAAUGCCUUUAUUAUAUAUUUUUUCAUAUGCAUUAUAACUAUUGGUGUACAUAUAAGUUAUCAGUAUGUAUGUUAAGGGCAAUAAAAAUUAAUUUCUAA